AUGAGGGACAAAGGCACACCUGACGCAGAGAAGAUGGACCGGUCUGGGCUACGGGCAACGCUACGGGUGGGCGGCGGGAGCGGGAAUGGAGCUGACGCGACGUCGCUGGCCAUGCUCUCGUCGGCAAACCUAGGCAGUCUGGUGGAGCAGAAGGAGCGCGAGCUGAGCGAGAUCAAUGCCUACCGCAUCGCCACGCUAGAGGAGGUUCUCGCCGGCAAGACGGAGGAGCUGGAGGCGACGGCGGGCGCGCUGGACAAGCUCAAGGACGAUUUUGCCUACAACCUCAAGCUGCUGGAGGACCGUGACGCCGAGCUGGCCCGCUACGACAAGGCCUUUCUUAAGCUCCGCGCAGUCAUUGCCGACCGCGACGCCGCACUGGCCGAGGCCAAGGCGGCAGCCGAUGCGGCGGCCGGCGAGCUGGCGAGCGCCAAGGCUGCUGCUGCUGCUGAGGCUAACGAGGCAGCGGCGGUGGCGGCGGAGCUGCGGCUCGCGCUCGAGGCUGCCAAGUGGGAGGGCGCCAACGCGCUGCGCGAGGCUCAAGCCGAGGCCCACGCCACCGAGCGCGAGGCUGCAAGCCAGCGGGCGGCGCUGGACGACGCACUGCGGGCAGCCCGGGCAGAGCUGGCUGAGGCUCGCACGGCUGCAGCGACGGCGGCCGAUAAGGCUGCUGCCGGUGCGAGCGCCGAGUUGGCGGCGGUCCGGGACGAGGCGGCCGACAAGGUGGCCCGGGCCGAGGCGGCGGCGGCCGAUAAGGUCGCUGCUGCAGAGGCUGCUGCUGCCGGACGAGUGGAAGCUGCCGAAGGCGAGGCUGCGGCGUUGCGCGAGGCACGCGACGAGGCGCGGGCAACGGCUGAUGCGGCGACUGCGGCAGCGGCGGUGGCGCGCGACGAGGCAGCAGACGCCCGGGCUGCGCUUGAGGCGCACAAGCUUGAGGCGCAGGCUGCAUUCGACGCCCUGCACGAAGCCAAGGCGGUGGCCGACGAGGUCCUCGCCAAUGUUCGCGCAGAGCUGACACAUGCGCAGGAGGCCAGUGCGGCGGCUGCCGAGGCGGCUGCAGCCGAGCUGGCGGCCGAGCGGGAGGCACGGAUUGCCGAGCGCGAUGCGUUUACCACCCGAGCCGCCGAAGAGCUGGCGACGGUCCGAGCCGAGGCUGCCGAGCGGCUGCAGAGUGCUGAGGCCUCGCUCCGUGGCGAGCUCGCCAGCGUCCGCGAGGCUGCGGCCGAGGCCGGGAUGGAGGCUGCGGCGACGGUGGCUGAGAAGGACGAGGCCAUCCGAGCGCUGCAAAAUGCGGCGCAAGUGGCGGCGUGGGAGGCGGCCGACAAGCUGAAGGAUGCCAAGUUUGAGCUCGAGAGCCAGCGGCAGGAGGCGCGGGCGGCGGAGGCGGCGGCAGCAGCGGCGCUAGAGCGAGCGCAGGCGCAGCUCUCUGCACGUGAGACCGAGCUCAAGGAGCUUCGUGGUGCGCUGGCGGCGGCUGAAACCGCGGCCGGUGAUCGUCGCCGCGAAGUCCAGGCACUUGAAAAGGAGAUCGAGGCUGGCAAGGCGCGCGAAGCCGAGCUGGUGGCAGCGGCGGCGGCGGCCGAGGACGAAGCCCGCGAUCGGACGGAGAAGCUUGCGGCGCAGCUGCAGUUCCGGCAUGAGAAGAUUGUGCGGACGCUGCAGCUGCAGCGUGAUGACGCGCUCUCGCGGGCAGACACUGCCGAGGAUGAGCGCGACGCCGCGGUGCUCGACGCGCAGAAGAUCCGCGCCGACGGCGAGCGUGCCGCCGACGCGCUGCGGCUGCAGCUUGACUCGGUUGCAGCCGAGCGCGAGAUCCUGCAGGGCGAGGUGACUCGGGCCAAGGCGCGGGUGAGCGCUGCCGCCGAGCGCGCGGCUGCGUCUCCGGCUCUGUCGGCGACCAAGCCUGGAACUGCUGCGGUCGAUGCUGAGGAGCUGGCCGAGGCCCAUGCCGAGGCGCGGGCGGCCAAGGCGCGAAUUGCCGAGCUGGAGAGUCAGAACGCAAAGAUCCGCGAGGUGGUGCGUACGAUGCGCGCCGACAUGGAGGAGCUUUCGGCGUCGGCGGCGGCGUCAGCGGCGGCAGGCGAGUCAUCGACCGUCCGCGAGCUCCGCGCCUCGCUUGCGGCACUCGAGGCUAAGAAUGCGGCACUGGAGGCGGCAGCAGCUGCUGGUGCUGGCGCGGCGGCCGCUGCUGAGGGCGCCCAGGUCUCGCUCCUUCGCUCGCAGCUCGCAGAUCUCAACGGAGUCAUCGAGAAGCAGCGGACCGAGAUGUACGAGCUCCUCGCUGAGUCGCGGAGUCAGGUGGCACGGGCGCAUGAGCUCGAGAAUGCGCUGGCGGCGUCGCGGCAGGAGGCUGACUCGCUGGCGUCAGCGCAUGCGGUGGCACAGGCACAGCUUGCCGACCGCGAGGCACAGGUGUACGAGCUUGCGCGUCGGGUCGAGGCUGCCGAGGCGCGGGCGCGGGCAACCGAUGUCAUGGCGCCGCUGGCUGCUGCCGGUGAGGCUGCCGUUGCCGACGCUGCGUCGUCGGGCAUUGUCGCAGAGCUGCAGGCACAGGUUGCGGCGCUGCGGGCACGGAUGGACGGUACCGCGACCGCACCGGGCGCCGGCGGCGUCAACAUGGCAGUCUUUGAGCUCAAGGCCCAGCUCGACGAGGCCCAUGCCGACAUCAAGCGGCUGAUGGGUGAGCGCGAGAAGCUGCUUGAUCUCUCGAACCUGCUCAAGUCGGACCUUCAGCGGGCAUAUGCUGCGCCUGCGCCGCAGGCCCCGGCCCCAGCCCCGGCUCCGGCUCCUGCUCCGGCUCCGGCCCCAUCGUCUGACCCGUCGUCGCGGCUGGCGGCUAUUGAGCGCGAAAUGGCCCAGCUCUCGGCCCAGAACGCAGCGCUCAAGUCGGAGCUCGCGUCGCGGUCGUGGGCGGCACACGACUCCUUCGAUGACGACGAUGAGCUCCCUCGCAGUCGCGGAGGUCGGCACCGCGGAGCCGAGACCGGGCCGGCCGCGCCGGCCGCGCCGGCCUCCCCGGUUCUCUCGGCCAAAAUGGCGGGUGUCCGCUCGCAGCUCGGCCUCGCGGUGACGGGCGAGGCCGAGGCGCUUAGGGAUCGGUCACGCGAGCGCGAGCGCGAGCGUAUCCGUGAGCGCGGUACCGCUUCGUCGCGCAAGCGCAAGCUCCGCUCGCUCCGCAAGAAGCGCGAGGCUCUUAUUCAGCGGCGCAAGUCUGUCCGCAACUACAAUGUUCGUGCUUAAAAUGGCAGAAGCA